ACUCAAAAUCUUUUCAUGGUUUUAUCUAAACUUAGUGGGGGGGCUUUAAUUGCAUCGAUGCGAUGGGCGAUACCAAUAAUUGCAAAUACUCCAGUAUCAAAAUUAAAAUAGAUUCAACUUUUAUAAUAAAAUAUAUUCAUUUAGAUAGAUUAUCAAUGACAUAAUAUGCGUAUUGCGUAGUAUAUAAUAUCAAAUGAUUUUUGUGUAGUUUAAAAUUUAAAUGGUAGUCGGUAGGUGUUGUUUUGUGUUUUAAUUUAUACAAUAUAGGUAUCUGUCAUUAUACUAUUAUAGAUACAACUAAUAAAUAAAUAAUUAUAUUUUAAAGUAAUUAGGUACUUAUAUUUGAACUUUUCUGUACAUUUUGAUUUUUUCACCUCUGAUUUGCCUGCAGUGGUCUUCUGUUGUAUUAUAUGUUAAGUAUACCCAUUAUCCAUUCAAUUGUCUAAGAUAUCAUGACCGGAGUCAUCUAUGACAAUAACUUUACCACACACAAAUGCUUAUGGGACGAGCACUAUUCAGAAAAUCCACAGCGAUAUACAUCUGUACUAGAGCGUUGUAAUUCAUUGGGAUUGAUCGAUCGGUGCAUUAAAAUAUCCUCACGCCAAGCCACUAAAGAAGAAUUACUGUCUAAACAUACGGCAGAACAUAUUGAUUUAUUAGAAAGUACAGAGCACUACAAUGAUGAAGAAUUGGAACAAUUGUCUUCAAGAUAUGAUUCAAUAUAUGUACAUCAUUCAACUUACAAACAAUCCCUACUUGCAGCAGGUAGUUCAAUUGAGUUAGUCAAAGCAGUUGUAGAUGGUCGUGUACAAAAUGGAAUGGCCUUUGUUCGACCUCCUGGACACCAUGCCAUGAAGACUGAAUACUGUGGUUAUUGUUUUAUUAAUAACGUUGCAAUAGCUACUCAAUAUUUAUUGGACAAAACAGCUAUUCAAAAAGUUCUUAUUGUUGACUGGGAUAUUCACCAUGGUCAAGCUACUCAACAGAUGUUUUAUGAAGACCCAAGAGUGCUAUAUUUUUCUAUACAUCGUUAUGAACAUGGACAAUUUUGGCCAAAUUUAAGAGAAAGUGAUUUUGAUCAUAUAGGCAACGGGAGCGGUACAGGUUUCAAUGUGAAUGUUCCACUAAAUGACAUCGGAAUGAAAAAUGAAGAUUAUUUGGCUAUAGUUCAUAACUUAUUAAUUCCUUUAGCAACUGAGUUUUCUCCAGAUUUCAUAAUCAUUUCAAGUGGAUAUGAUUCAGCCAUUGGGGAUCCUAAAGGUGAAAUGUUAGUUACUCCAGCAUGUUAUGCUCAUAUUACACAAAAACUGAUGAGUCUUUGCUGUGGUAGAGUAGUCUCUAUACUCGAGGGGGGUUACUACUUGAAGAGUUUGGCUGAAAGUGCAGCAUUGACAUUAAGGGCAUUAUUGGGAGAUCCAUGUCCAGUCAUUGGGUCAUUACAAAAACCAUGUAAAAGACAUUAUUGGGAUUGCUUCAAGUAUAAUAUUUUUUACAAUGAAAAUCUACCAGAAAUUCGUUACAAUUUCUUUGAUGAAAAGCCAGAAAUAUAUCAAACAAGAAAUAUGUAUCCAAAAAUUGAUACUUCAAGUUUUGAUAUAAUUUUAAACAAUAUUAUUACAGAAACCAAACUAUUCAAUCCAAAAAUUAAAGUUGGUUUAACAUCUAAAGUGGUUGAGCAUUCAAACAAUUUAAAAAAUAGUGAAGUCUAUCAAUAUUUAAAAUUAAAAAUUGGAAAUUUACAUAUUUUAAAGGAACGUCAAUUGACAAUUGAAGAAUUUAAUAUGGUUUAUUCAACUGAGUACAUCAAAGAAAUAAAAAAUAAACAGAAAUGUAUUGACAAAGAGCAGUGUAGUAUUACCAGCAUUAAAAAUAAAUUCAUUGAAGAUGAUUCAGACAAUCCAGUAUUUAAUAUGUUUUCUUUUUCUGUUGGACCACUAUUGCAGAUUAUUGAUUCAAUAUUUAACAAUGAAAUUAAAUCUGGGAUAUUUGUAUCGUUGUCAACUGCGAGCUUUAGGAAAAAUGAAAUCUCAUAUACUUUAAAUACUUCCAUAAUUGGUGCCAACUAUGCCAUAAAAAAAUAUUACUUGAAAAGAAUAUUAAUAAUUGAACUGAAUGAAAAUGUUACAGAAAUAGUAUCUACUGAUCAAAUAUUAGUUAUUUCAAUGCAUGGUUUAUUAAAUAGCUCAACAAUUAUAAAUGGAAACAAUCAUAUCAAUAUUUCAUGGUCAAAAAAAGUAUUGAAUGAAGCAGAAUUUACUAUAAUGAUGCAACAUCUGAUUUUACCAAUUGCUUAUGAGUAUAACCCCGAAUUGAUAAUUGUGUCUUCAGAGUUCUACUCUAAUAAGAUAGACGGUAUACAAAUGACUCCUAUCAUGUACGGAUAUCUUAUCCAAUGGUUAAGUACAUUAGCUAAUGGACGACUCAUCUUAUACGAACAAGAUGCACAUGAUAAUUCAGUAUAUAGAAACAAAUGUUUAUUACAGUGUUCUAAAUCUUUACUUGGUAAGCCAAUAUCAAAAUUGUGUGUGACAAAUUUAUUAAACUUAGAAUCCAAAAAUAUUCUACUUAACAAUAUAAAAACCCAUAGAAAUAACUGGCAAUCCUUGGAACUUUAAAGAAAAAUAAUAAUAUAUGAAUAUCAUAUUUUAAAUUAUUGUUUAGUAUAGUUUAGAAAUUAAUCAAUUUAUAUAAUUUAUAAGUUCAUAUAUUAUUUUCAUAUAAAUAAAAAAUUAUUUAUUUUUAUAAUAUAGUUUGGAAAUGUAUGUAUUUUUUAAUAUUAAAGGAAAAGUAAAUAUUGUAGUUUAA